AUGCCACCGAGCGGCGCGUGGACCAAGGCCGCCUUCGUGGCGCUCGCCGUCUUCAUGCUCGUACACCUCGCGCUGGAGACGCGAGAGAUGGCCUCGCCUAGCGUGCUCCAGCGAUACGCCGUUGAGCCAGCGUCGACGAGUAGCAUUGACGCGCUCCACGCGGCGCACGACGACGAGCUCUUGCACUUGAUCGCCUUGAACGUCUUUUGCCGCAAGGAAGACAACGUGCUCAUCCCAUGGACCGCCCGCAACUCGAGCGACAUGCUGCACCGCGACAGUCCGCACGCAGCGAUUCUGGCCGAAUUGCGCAAGUGCCCUGCCGUCGACAUUUACCUCAACACGGGCGUCCGAGACCACGGGUACUGCGAAGACGCGAUGGCGUACACGCUGCAUCUGCAGUCGCGCGCGAUCCCGAAAUGGGUUCUCGAGACGACGUUCACGGAUGAGGACGGGAUGGCCACCACGUACUUUGAGCUGUGUCCGCGCUCGGCCAUCCUCUUUAUGAACCACUACUGGGAAGAGGUCCAUGAAAUGCCACGCUUUCCGUCCACGAAAAAGAUCGUGCUCAUGCCCAACGUCGAGAUGGGCGAGCUAAAACCAUCGCAUUACCACCGCGUGGACAUUGUCUUGGCCAAGUCGCGCGAUGCGUACAACCGCAUCUGGGCCUGGUACAACCAAGACUUCAACAACCCACGCAGUGCCAAGGUGCUCUACACGCAGCAUACGACAAGCGACGCCACCGUCUUGGUGCGCAAUGCGAGCCACCACGGCCAGCUCAAUGACACCCUCGCACCCAAAAACUUUAGUCGGCUCAGCGUCGUGCACGCCAACGGCAAGAGUCCGUUCAAGAACGCGGGGCGAAUGCUCCAGUGCUGGAAAGACCACCCCGAGUUUCCGAUCUUGCACCAGUACUCGAGCGACGACUGGUCCAACGGCACGUACAACGAGCUCUGGCGUGGCCAUCCGCCGGCCAACGUCGACUUUCACUUUGGCAAGUACGUCUCGUCCUUGGGCUUUGCCAAGAUCUUGAACGACGCGACGGUGAUCGUGUGUCCAAGUGCCAUGGAAGGGUUUGGCCACUACAUCAACCAAGCGCGCGCGGCGGGAGCCCUCGUCGUGACGACGGACGCGCCCCCCAUGGACGAGUUUGUCGACGACGACUCGGGGGUGCUCAUCCACGGCAUCACGCCGUGGGCCGACAAGGCCACGAUGGGCCAGAACUUUAUGUUUGAAGUGCCGACGCGGGCCAUUUGCGAGUCGAUUCAAGACAUCCUGGCCAUGGACCCGCAAGAGCGUGCGCGGCGCGCGGCCAACGGCGUGCGGCGAUACUUCAAGCAACUACAGUAUUUCAAGCAGAGUAUGCAGACGCUGCAAGCGAUGGUGUAUCAACGUUUAUAG